GGAUCUACUGUCACGAUGCCGGCUGGCAGAGUCUCCACCAUGAGGGGUCCGGUUCCGGUUCUGGUUCGGCUGAUCCCCUUGUUCUUCAGUCAUGGGCUCGCAGCUCCCCGGUCAGACAGCAGGUCUGAGCUAUCGGAAAACAUCAACAUAUCAAACCCAUUCACCCCCGGAGACGGACAACUCAGUAUUCUACACGGAUAUCUACAGGAGAAAGAUCCAUUGGGAGAAAAUGAUUCUCAGAUUACCCGGGAAACAGCCAUCUUACGCCUCUUCGUGCUCCAUGACUUUGACAAGAGUGGACUCCUGGAUGGCUUGGAACUCAUGCAGCUUCUUCAUGGUGUCCUGACAAAGGGUCUGCAGGAGAAACCCAAUGAGGACUCAGUCAUUUUCGUGGUCGAUGAUGUUCUGGAUAAACAAGACGUGAACCUGGACGGACUCCUCAGUGCCCAAGAGCUUGUGAACUCCCUCAGCUAUAAAGAGGGGGGGAUGACGGAUUCUGCUCACAUUGUGAUUCCACCUCCAAUGGGGGUCGCAGCUGAGGAGCCCGCUGCUCCCGUGGACACUGACCUCUCUAAUACAGAGGAAUCUGAGAAACCAGAGCUGAACAACCAUACAGAAGACGACCCUAAUACACUCCAAGACCAAACUAACUACCCGGCCCCACCGGCUGCCGAAACCAGUCAGGAAGAACCUGAUGAGGUUAUAAAUGAAGAUGUGGUGGAGGAGGUCACCAGCGAGGUGGAGGCAGUGGAGAUGCCAGGAGAGGAAGAAGACGAUAAACUCGAUGAUGAGAUGUAAACAUUAGGUACCCAAUAUGAUCAAAUACUUGAAAUCAAAGAGUAAUUCCCCCUGGAAUCCAGAGGCCUCUGGUAAAUUUUGGAGUCGACCACCUCAACCCAAAGAUAUCCCAGACCAUCCUGCCAGAGACCCCUAAAAGAGCUGGGAGUCCUGUCACCCCGUAACAGAUAUGACCUAGAAAUGGUCUACGAGUAAAACGUAACAAUGAGACAGAGAAGGACGACUCAGGGGUCCCUAUCUACUGAAGACCCUUUAAUUAAGGGGAAAUGCCCGUACAUGCCGAUUGUGUUUGCACGUUGACUCUUCGCACCACAAGGAAAUGCCUUAUACUGCUGGAGACAUCUUGUGACUGUCAUGUGAUUGAUCGAGUGUCUUCCAUCUUCCAGGAUGAACGCAACCAUUAUCUUAACUUAUUGACUGACACGAGAUCCAUGACGCUUGACCCAUGAGGACGAGUAUAAAGACCACUUUGUGUACAGGGAUGUUCUGCAGUCUCGGGAGUUUCACAUUCUUUGUGAUGUGGCUUUGCCUUGGUAAAUAAAUACAUAAGAUAAAGGUGGCAACCAUCU